CACUCGCACUCACCACCAACACGAAGUCUGCAGCCGCUGCCUGCCUCCCCAAUGUCGACGAUGCGGCCACGCUCCCACAGCACCGACUUUACAAUCCCCAGCCUCUCCCGCACGAAUGAGCUGAUCGUCUCGAACAACUCUCACGAGGAACAGUUCAUUCUUGUGGACGAACCGCAUUCGCCGACGACGCCUACGCCGUCCACGAGCGCGUUUGUGAUUCUCGGCCGCGGCGGCCAGAUCGAAUCGUCAGAGGGCUGCCUCUCUCCAUCGGAGCGCAAGCACUUCUUCAAGCAGGCAGGACUGGCGAGCCCUCUGCGCCGGGCGUCGACGGAUCGCGAGGUCCCCGGCUUCUUCCUCUGACCCACGCGGCGCCUGCACGUAGAGGCGAUUCGUGUGUGGUACGAGGCCGGCGCAGGGGUCUGGUUUGUGGGACUCGAUCGUAUUGGUCCUGGUACUGGGGGGUGAUUGUCACAGUGAGAGAUUGUCCGUGCUGAGAGAUAGAGAGAGAGAGAGACUCUGAUGGAGGGACGUGCAUGCAGCUAGACAUGCAGCAUGGGUUGGACGAGAUGAACUAGUGUCUAGUCGCCCCGCACACAAAAAGGGCGUGUGUGUUAGUGUAUGUCUGAUGUGGGGGGGAGAUGGGGUGGACGGAGGUGGUCGAGGUUAGCAUGAUAACUGAUUAGAGUAGUACCACACGCAAUCCACAAUGACAAUCACACAAAGAAGGGGGCGAGAUCCGAGAAAACUUCAAGAGAGACGUGUAUAU